GACAAUUAUUAAAGAGGUAAACAAAACAAUUCUUAAAGCUACCUGAGGUUUAAUUGUUCAUAAGAAUUAAACAAAUAUUAGUAUGCACAUUGAAAUGCUUAUUUAGCAAAUCAGUCGUAAUAUUUAGUAUCAGUAACCAUAAAAAUAUGUCGGAGGAACUAGAGAAAGCCGGAUUGUAUAUUGAUGACAUCUAUAGGCUGCGUGUCCAAGAUCCAGCAAUUGCUAACGAAACAAAUGAAUUGCGUGACGAGUGUUUGGAAUACGCCGACAAAUUGCAAGAAUUUAAAAAAUAUGCCGAAGAUUUUCAUAAUAUUAUAAGUGGCUUCGCAAAAGAUGUUGAAAAAGAGAAAUUGAGAGCUAUCGGUACACAGAAUUUGCUGAAAACUAUUGCGAAGGAACGACAGGCUGAGCAGCAGGUGUACCAGAGUAAAAUCCAUGAAAAAAAUAUUGAAUUAGAAAGAUUACGUAACGAAUAUCAGUACUUACAGCGCAUAGAGUCAGAGCAGCAGGAAAUAAUUAAUAAUUUUUUGCUGAAUCAAUGAAAUCAUAACACAUAUGUGCAUGCUUAUCAACAUUUUAAAUAAUUUCGGUAUUGUUAUACUCACUAAAUGUAAUAGAAAACAUAAACUUAAAUUAAUUUUAUAAUUUAAAAUAUACUGCAAUAAUUAGCACAUGA